ACGAGCAGAGCAACGAGCAAGCGAGCCUGUUUACUCACGGACAAAAAACCAGUUGCCAGACUCCUAAUUUAGGCUAGAGGCGCCUGUCUGCUCCCUCUGAACCGUUUCUGCAGCAACCAUGGCUGCCUUCGUGAAACUCAGUACCAAAGCCAAGAUGCCCAUCGUAGGCUUGGGCACCUGGAAGUCUCCCCCAAACCAAGUCAAGGAAGCUGUGAAGGCGGCCAUUGAUGCUGGGUAUCGCCACAUAGACUGUGCCUAUGCGUAUCAGAAUGAGAAUGAGGUGGGAGAGGCCAUCCAGGAGAAGAUCAAAGAGAAGGCUGUGAGGCGGGAGGAUCUCUUCAUUGUCAGCAAGGAAUAUCCACACCAAGUUAGUACUAGUAAGAAAGUACUGAUGCGGGCUGGAGAGAUGGCUCAGCGGUUAAGAGCACUGACUGUUCUUCCAGAGCUGUGGUCCACCUUCUUUGAGAAAAGCCUGGUGAAGAAAGCCUUCCAGAAAACCCUCUCGGAUCUGAAGCUGGACUAUCUGGACCUGUAUCUAGUUCACUGGCCACAGGGAUUUCAGUCUGGAAAUGUCCUUAUACCCACAGAUGAUAAAGGCAAUGUUCUUAGCAGUAAAUAUACAUUCUUGGAUGCUUGGGAGACAAUGGAGGAACUGGUGGACCAGGGGCUGGUGAAAGCUCUGGGCGUCUCCAACUUCAACCACUUCCAGAUUGAAAGACUCCUGAACAAGCCUGGACUGAAACAUAAGCCAGUGACCAACCAGGUCGAAUGUCACCCUUACCUGACCCAGGAGAAACUGAUCCAGUACUGUCACUCCAAGGGCAUCACUGUCACGGCCUACAGUCCCCUGGGCUCCCCAGACAGGCCUAGUGCCAAGCCAGAGGACCCUCUAUUACUGGAGAUUCCCAAGAUCAAAGAAAUUGCUGCAAAGCACAAGAAAACUGCAGCACAGGUUCUGAUUCGGUUCCAUAUAGAGAGGAAUGUGGUGGUGAUCCCCAAAUCUGUGACACCCUCUCGAAUACAGGAGAACAUUCAGGUGUUUGACUUCCAGUUGAGUGAGGAGGACAUGGCUGCCAUUCUCAGUCUCAACAGGAACUGGAGGGCCUGUAGCCUGUUUGCGGCAAGACAUAACGAGGACUUCCCUUUCCAUGAGGAGUACUGAAGCUGAGUCAACCGAUGCACUUGCCUGGAGGACACUCUUCACUGAUUUGCAACUCAGUCCUCCUGACUCCUAUGAUUUUUGACAAGCCUAUUGAUCAUACCGGGCCUGUCACAUUAGGAUAAUUCUGCAUUUAAAUUCUCGUGUUUAACUAGAAGCAGACUGUCACAGGAAAAUGCACCUCAGCAAAGGACAAUGUUUCUCACUAAUUUGACCCAGCUGAAUGUUUGUCAGACACCAGGAAUACUAGUAACACUGAAGAUUAAAAAGAUAAAAUAAUAAAAAUAGCAAUAGUCAUAGACAUUCCAA